AUGACUGAACAGGACGACAAGGCGCUGAAGCUGGCCAAGAAGGAGGCCAAGGAGGCCAAGGAGGCCAAGGAGGCUAAGAAGGAGAAGAAGGAGAAGAAGGAGAAGAAGGAGAAGAAGGAGAAGGAAAAGUCCAAGAAGCGAUCGGCUGAAGAUGAUGAUGUCAAGGAGAUCAAGAAGGCCAAGAAGGACAAGAAGGAAAAGAAGGAAAAGAAGGAAAAGAAGGAAAAGAAGGAAAAGAAGGAAAAGAAGGAAAAGAAGGAAAAGAAGGAAAAGAAGGAAAAGAAGGAAAAGAAGGAAAAGAAGGAAAAGAAGGAAAAGAAGGAAAAGAAGGAAAAGAAGGAAAAGAAGGAAAAGAAGGACACUGAAAAGGAAAACACUCCAUCUCUCGCCUCCCCCGCAUUCCUCGCCUCCCCCGCAGCAACCUCAACCCCAAAAACCAUAGCCGUGGAUGGCCUGGACUCCGCCCAACAAAACAAGUUCCUGCGACUGAUGGGAGCCUCCAAAAACAAGGUGACCGUCACCACCAACUCCACCUCAGACCACUCCCAGAGAGAAAAAGAUCUGAUGAAACAAUUCAACCAGGGCGUGAAUCUCAAGACGGGUGGAAAGAAAGCCGGUAUCGGAAAAUAG